AUGUUUAUAUCAAUUAUUCAUUUACAUAUCUAUCUCAUCUGUCCGUAUCUAUCUAUCUUAAUCUUUUCGUAUCUAUAUACCUAUCUAUCUCAGUUUCUUCAUGUCUAUCUGUCUGAGUUUGUUCAUCUCUAUCUAUCUAUCUAUCUAUCUAUCUAUCUAUCUAUCUAUCUAAGUCUUUUCAUAUCUAUCUAUCUCAGUCUGUUCAUUUCUGUCUGUCUAGCUAGCUUGCGGAGUCUGUCCCUAUCUAUCUAUCUAUCUCAUUCUUUUCGUAUCUAUCUAUAUAUCUAUCUGUCUGAUUUGUUCAUAUCUAUCUAUCUAUCUCACCCUGUUCGUAUCUAUCUAUUCAUCUAUCUAUCUAUCUAUCUAUCUAUCUAUCUAUCUAUCUAUUCAUAUUUCACGCCGCUUACUGACACUUUCUACUUGACACUGUGUCAAGAAGACUUCACUCUUAUUGUUGUUGUCAUAAAGACUAAAAAUGAUUGCACGCUCUGUAAAUCUCAUUCUUCCUUCUUCUUCGUCUUCUUUUUCUUCUUCAUUUUCUUCUUCUUUUUAUUCUUCUUCUUCGUUUUCUUUUUUCUCCUUUUUCUUCUUCCUUUUCCUUUUUCUUCUUUUUCUACCUCUUUAUUCUUCUUCUUCUUCCUCUUUAUUCUUAUUCUUCGUUUUUUCUUCUUUUUCUUCUUCUUGAUCUUCUUUUUCUUAUUUUUCUUCUUCAUCUUCCUUUUUCUUCAUCUUCGUCUUCUUUGUCUUCUUCUUUUUCUUCUUUUUCUUCGUCCUUUCUGUUUUUUCUUUUUCUUCCUUUUUAUACUUUUUCUUUUCUUUUUCUUCAUUUCUUUUUCUUCUUCCUUUUUCUUUUUCUUCUUCUAUUUCUACCUCUUUAUUCUUCUUCUUCUUCUUCCUCUUUAUUCUUAUUUUUCGUUUUUUCUUCUUUUUCUUCUUCUUGAUCUUCUUUUCCUUAUUUUUCUUCCUCGUCUUCCUUUUUCUUCUUACUCGUCUUCUUUUUCUUAUUUUUUUCUUUUUUCUUCUUUUUUCUUCAUCUUUUUUCUUCUUUUUUCUUCAUCUUUUUUCUUCUUCCUUUUUUCUUUUUCUUCUUUUUCUUCCUCUUUAUUCUUCUUUUCUUCUUCGUCUUCUUUUUCAUCGUAUUCAUUUCUUCUUUUUCUUCUUCUUCGUCUCCUUUUUCGUAUUUUUUCUUUUUUUCUUUUUUUCUUCUUUUCUUCUUUUCAUUAUUCUUCUACUUUUUCUUCUUCUUCUUCCUUUUCUUCUUCUUCUCAAAAAGGGAUAUAUAAAUAUAUAUGA